GCUAAAAAAGGGCGGGUUAGGGCUUCGAAUUGUUCAUAACUUUUUUGGGGUUUCUAUUUCAGCAAGUUAUCAAGUGAGUCUGAGUCCAAUUUGUUGAAAAGUUCACCUUUUUAAGUUAAAGAUGGCAAAUUACUAUGACAUUGAUGAUAUCUUAGCUGAAGAAGAGCUUGUUCCAGCUGUGUUCUUGCAAACAGCUAAUGAAGUUGGGAUUUUUGACUGUGCUGAUGACACUAACAAGGUGGAAGCUGGUACACAAGUAGAAAUGCCCUUUUGGCUUGCCCAGGAGUUAUAUGUAAGACAAGCGGUGUCUAUCAAAGUUCCUCCAUAUUUUGACACGAAAGCCAAAACGAGGAAUGAGAUAGGAGCUGAUGCAGCACAUGUGGAUCUGAGAAGUUUAUGCCCGUACUUUUAUAAUUUUGGAUGCAAGAUAGCACGUCUGAUUGGUGAGAAAACCAUUGGGCCUCUACUUCUGGUUGCAUUUCAAACAAGAUACAGAGAAGUCCUCAUCAAGUCUCAUACUGCAGCAUCAAUUGUGGCUCCCAAGCACUUGACUCUUCUCACAAAAGAAGAGACUAAACUGUAUGAAGCUGGUCAGUCCUCAACAGCAGCAUUUAAGAAGUGGCGAAUGGGAGGUCCUAGAUUGCAGAAAGCUUCUGUACUUGGAAGAAAGAGGAAGCCAGUUGAAUGAGUUUUGGUACUUGAAAAGAUAUGAUCAUUCCUACUAAGAUGUGAAGAUGUAGUAUCUAUUUGGCUAUUCUAUGAAAUUUACUUCUUUUUUCAAGUGUAUUGUAAAAUUUCUGAUCUGAAGACUAGCUGAUGAGGCUAAUAUAUCCAUUUUUACUGCUUUAAA